AGAAACCGCUCUACUUUUUUUAACUCUCUCUCUCUCUCUUCUCUACAUGCACAUUCUCUCUCUCUCUCUACUGCAAAAUGUAUUAUUAUUUUUAUGAUUAAAGGGAAACGAUUUCCUUCUCUCCCUUUCUUUUAUAAGUACACGUCUGAGACGUUCCUUAAAGAGCUUCUGCUUCUGCUUCUGCUUCCAUCUUCAUUUAAAAAAAAAAUCUCAGACAAACUGUUUACAUGCAUUUGCUUCCUUGAUUGAUCUCCUUAAAGCUUCCAACUUAUAUUUCUUACAUGCAAUAGUUAGAUCUUCUGAUAUAAAAAAAAACCUCGUGAUUAUCGUUUAUAUUUCAAUAGUCUUCUUCUCAACAGCAAAUGCAGAAGUUCUCUCAAAGCUUAUUAGUGUAACGCUUGCUCAGAAUCACAAAAAAGGGAAAGUUGAUGGCUCCGAUGACGAACUGGUUAACGUUUUCUUUGUCACCAAUGGAGAUGUUGAGGUCAUCUGAUGAUCAGUCUCAGUUUGUGUCCUAUGACGCUUCUUCCGCCGCUUCCUCCUCUCCUUAUCUCCUCGAUAAUUUCUAUGGCUGGACGAACCAAAAGCCUCAGGAGUUGUUUUUCAAAGAAGCAGCAGCAGCUUCGAUGGCAGAUUCAACAAUCCUAACGACGUUCGUGGACCAACAAACUCAUUCUCAGAGUCAUAUCCCAAAGCUGGAAGACUUUCUCGGUGGUGACGUGCGUUACUCCGACAACAGCCAAAGCGAAACACAAGACUCUUCUUCCCUCUCUCAAAUCUACGAUCCACGUCACCACCAAAACCAAAACCAAAACCAAACCGGGUUUUACUCUGAUCACAACCCUGACUUCAACAAAACCAUGGCCGGUUUUCAAACCGCCUUCUCGACUAACUCCGGUUCCGAAGUCGACGACUCUGCCUCCAUAGCCCGGACUCAUCUCGCCGGAGAGUAUCUGGGACACGCGGUCGAAUCCUCCGGUCCUGAGCUAGGUUUUCACGGUGGAGCUAAUAACACUGGAGGUGCUUUGUCCCUUGGAGUUAACAUUAACAACAACGCUAAUCAAAGGACUAGUAGUGACAAUUAUCAGAUCGUUGAGCAUCAUUACAAUGUUGAAAGAAUCAACAACAACAGUGAGAAGAGAGAUUCUGAGAAGGAGAAGCCUGUUGUGACGGUGGAGACAUCAGAUUGUUCUAACAAGAAGGUCGCUGAUACGUUCGGACAAAGGACUUCUAUUUACAGAGGAGUUACAAGACAUAGAUGGACGGGAAGAUAUGAAGCUCAUCUAUGGGAUAAUAGCUGUAGGAGAGAAGGUCAAGCCAGGAAAGGACGUCAAGUAUACUUGGGUGGAUAUGACAAAGAAGAUAAAGCAGCUCGAGCUUAUGAUUUAGCAGCUCUUAAAUACUGGAAUGCUGCUGCUACCACCAACUUUCCUAUUGCUAAUUACUCAAAAGAAUUAGAAGAAAUGAAGCACAUGACCAAACUAGAGUUCAUUGCUUCCCUUAGGAGGAAGAGUAGCGGAUUCUCGAGAGGAGCUUCCAUAUACAGAGGUGUGACAAGGCAUCAUCAACAAGGACGUUGGCAAGCAAGGAUUGGCCGUGUUGCCGGCAACAAAGAUCUUUACCUCGGAACCUUUGCAACGGAAGAGGAAGCGGCUGAGGCGUACGACAUAGCAGCGAUCAAAUUCAGAGGAAUAAACGCUGUAACCAACUUUGAGAUGAACCGUUACGAUGUUGAAGCCAUCAUGAAGAGUGCACUUCCCAUUGGUGGUGCAGCGAAACGUCUUAAGCUCUCUUUAGAAUCUGCUGCUUCCGCAGAGCAGAAACCAAACGUUGGUCAUCAUCAUCAACAAGAGCUCCACCAUCUUCAGCAACAACAACAACAACUUCAGCUUCAGUCCUCUACCAAUAACAGUAGCAUUAACUUCGCUCUUUGUCCUAAUUCGGAUGUUCAGUCUCAGAUGAUUCCAUGCGGAAUCCCUUUUGACGCAGCUGCUCUUUACCAUCAUCAACAGCAACAACAACAGCAGAACUUCUUUCAGCAUUUUCAUGCAGCAUCUGACUCGGCAGCGUCUAAUAAUAAUAACUCCAACGUUCAAGGGUCAAUGGGACUAAUGGCGCCAAAUGCAGCUGAGUUCUUCUUGUGGCCUAACCAGUCUUACUAGAAUCAAUCAUGUCAUGUGAUUUGAUGGAGUCCGUUUUUUUUUUUUAGUUUUUUAAUGUCUUUUAAGGGAUACAUCUUCUUUCUCACUGCGCUAAUGUUCAACUUCUUGAUUCUGGCUAACUCAUAAAGCUGACUAGAAGGAUAUGGAAAAUCUCACUUGCGUCUCU